AUAGUUUAUCUUCAAAUUAAUUUCUAUUCAUCACUAGAGAAAUUAGCUAGCAAUGGCAGCAGCAGCUGCUCGUCGAGUAUUCUUGUUGUUCUUUGAUCUUCUACUUCUGUCAAUUUUCUCAGGCGUGGCUGUUUCCAAGACGAUUGUGGAAACUCUACCAGGGUAUCCUGGAAAACUUCCGUUUAAGCUUGAAACAGGAUAUGUGGGUGUUGGUGAUUCGGAUGAAUUGCAGUUGUUUUAUUACUUCAUUGAAUCAGAAAGAAAUCCGGUGAGGGAUCCUCUUCUGCUUUGGCUCACUGGAGGACCUGGUUGUUCUGGUUUUUCUGGUCUUGUCUAUGAAGUUGGUCCACUAACGUUCGAUUAUGAUUCUUUUAAUGGGAGUUUGCCAUCCUUUGUGUUGAACCCUUAUUCAUGGACCAAGGUUGCCAACAUGAUAUUUUUAGAUGCACCAGUUGGCACUGGCUUCUCCUACUCAAAAACCCAAGAAGGUUAUUAUACCUCUGACACAUUAAACGUAAAAGCAAUCUACGCGUUCCUUAGAAAGUGGAUGCUUGACCAUCAACAUUUGGCCUUCAAUCCACUUUAUAUAAGUGGGGAUUCCUACUCAGGAAAGAUUGUUCCCAUCGUUACUCUAGAAAUAGCAUUAGGCAAUCUUGUGCACAAGCCAAUUUUGAAUCUCCAGGGUUACUCGCUUGGCAAUCCAGUAACUGAUUUGCACAGUGAUGAGAAUUCAAGAGUCCAAUAUUUCUACCGGGUGGCACUAAUAUCUACUGAGCUUUAUCAGGAAGCCGUGUAUCUUUGUAACGAUGAAUUCAUUACACCCGAUCCAGAUAAUGCUGAAUGCAUGAAUGCUAUUGCCCAAAUAGCAAAGUGCACUUUAAAAGUAUGUGAUGCGCAAAUUUUGGAGCCAAAGUGCAGUUAUGCAUCCCCUAAACCACAAGGUAGUCUGAAAUGGGGAAAUAAAUUUUUUGAUGACACUCCCAUUGACAUCGCCUCUCCAGUAAGCAAUCGCAAAGAAAAUUGGUGUAGGAAUUCCAAUUAUGUGCUUUCUUACAUUUGGGCAAAUGAUGACACCGUCCAGCAUGCUCUUGGCAUUAGAAAUGGGACAAUCUCAGAUUGGAAAAGGUGCAAUAAAACCCUUGCUUAUGAUAGUGAUAUUGGAAGCACCGUUGUCUAUCAUAAGAGACUUACUAAAAUGGGUUACAGAGGUCUGGUAUACAGUGGUGAUCAUGACAUGCUUAUCCCAUACACCGGUACAAGAUAUUGGUUAAGUACUCUCAAUUUUACUAUAGUCGAUGAUUGGAGACCAUGGUAUGUUGAAGGUCAAGUUGCCGGAUUUACACUGAAGUAUGCUGAUCUGGAAGGAAUUGGAGAUGGUUUGGUUUUUGCAACCGUAAAGGGAGCUGGCCACACAGCACCAGAGUACAAACCUAGAGAAUGCUUUGCAAUGGCUGAUAGGUGGUUUUCCUACUACCUUUUGUAGGAACUAUGAGACAUUGUUAGUUGCUCUUAAAAUUGUUGUACUAAAUUGAAUCUCUUUUUUUUUUUUUUUGAACAAAUUAUAAUCAAAUCUAUCAUACUAAAGGGGAAUGGGGAAGAAGAAUCAUUAGGGACUUCAACUUUCAACCCCUAGUAUGUUCCCAUUAGUACUAAAUUGAAUCUUCAAUGUAUUUGCAUAUGCAUUGAAAUUAUUACCAGAAAAUUUUGUAAUAAUUGAUGGAAGAAUUU